CCCGUCUUUGUGACUAUAGUGGAUUGUAUUAUUGCCAAAGAUGUCAUUGGAACACUGCAAUGGUAAUUCCUGCAAGAGUGAUUAGAAAUUGGGACAUGGAACCAAGAUUUGUUUCUCGUGCCGCUGCACAGCUUUUAACACUUUUAGAAGAACGUUCUGUUUUGUUACUUGAAGAAUUAAAUCCGAAAUUAUUUACUUUAGUUCCAGAUCUCUCUGUAGUGAAGAGGAUGCGGGAGGAAAUGCAGAUGAUGAAACAUUACUUAGUUUUAUGUCCAGAAGCUAAUAAACAAGGAUUACCAUGGAAAAUUGGAAUACGCACUCAUAUGAUAGAAAACUCGGGAAAUUAUUCGAUUAAAGAUCUCGUUGAUCUUAAUAAUGGAGUACUUUUGGAAGAAAUUCGUACUGUGUAUGAUACUAUGCACACUCACAUCACAGAACAGUGCGAAUUAUGCAAAGCGAGAGGUCAUUUAUGCGAAUUGUGUGGUAAUGAUGAAAUUAUAUACCCGUGGAAUGCAAGUUCUAUCACUUGUCGUCAGUGCUCGGCUGUUCAUCAUCGUGCAUGUUGGUCGAAACAAAAUCACUGUUGUUCACGAUGUACAAGGCUUCAAAAGCGACGUGCUUUGCAAGAUAAACAAACUCUGGACACAGAUGAUAUUACGGAAAAUGGAUCGAAUGCGAAUGAAUCGCUAAGUGAUGCAACAUAAACGCUAAAUACAGUCGUGC